ACAAACAGUUUACAAACUUCAGUUUCCUCCCCACACUUUGCAGCUCUACUGUAGGGACAGAGGAAGUCAGUGAGCCAUCAAAUUGAUUUUUCAACUGUUAUUUUACUGUAAAAUGAUAUCAAAGUUGCUGUAUAAAGUCUGAACGUUGAACUCUGAGCUCUUGCUUGUUCACUGAACUUUACUUUUACCAGAUUAAACUGGAUCAUUGCAUCAUUAUGUCUGCCCUACGGACGCUGGUGUGACACAAUCGAGAGUAAACAGCCAUUUCACCUCAGCUGUCAUGGGUGAUGAUGUGAGUGGAUAAAGGGUGGUUGUCAUGGCAUAAAACCCCUCUGCCGUUCAGACUUCCAGUCGCAGAGCAUUCACACCAGUCUGACAACAUGAGGUUUUCAGCCGUCGUUUUCCUCAUCGCCAUCUCCGGGUUGUUAGCUGGGAGCGUCCUCAUAAAGACCAUGGUGUUCCAGCUGGAGACGGACACAAGCUACGUGGAGAUGGUUCCUCUGAAACCGCUGAACCUCCACGCCUUCACUCUGUGCAUGCGCGUGGCCACUGAGCUGAGAGGAGAGCGUGAGGUCAUACUGUUCGCGUACCGCACGGGAAACCAUGACGAGCUGAACGUGUGGCGUGAACUGGACGGAAGAUUGUCCUUCUACCUGAGUGGAGGUGGUGUUAUGUUUGAAGUCCCUCAGCUCGGGGCCCUGGAGACUCACCUGUGCAUCACCUGGGACUCCAGAUCUGGCGCAGCUGCCCUCUUCAUGGAUGGCAGGAAAAGCUUGACCAAGAUUUACAGGAAAGGUCACACCAUCCGUUCUGGAGGCAAGGUCAUCAUCGGACAGGACCCAGACUCGUACCUGGGUGAUUUUGAUGCCAAGCAGUGUUUCCUGGGCGAGAUCGCUGACAUAAACAUGUGGGACUCUGUCCUACCGGCUACCACCAUCCAGGACAUUUACUCAGGGAAGAGGGUGCUGAGGGGCAAUGUUUUUGACUGGGAAACCAUAGAGCUUAAAGUUAAAGGCGAGGUCAAUGUCAUUACACGUGAGCUGUAG